GCGGAAUUCCGACACUAUAUGAGCUCGCGCGCCUCGCUACAUUGUCAGUUGACGUCUAGAGACCGUGUGGAACAUACAUCGUUAGAAACUGUCUUUGUCUUUCUCUAAGAACUCACCCUCUAGUAACCAUGACUGACUACCUUGUAAGCAAAUGGAAGAUCUGGUACAAGUCUCUUGACGUCAACCACGAUGGAAUUAUCUCCAUCGAAGAUGUGGAGGAGUCACGGAACAAGUUCACUGACCUCCACAAGCUCGUUGGAGAUAAGUCUACCGGCGUAAAGGUCGAUAUGCAGAAAUGGUGGGAUACUUACAUCUUCCUCACCCCCGGCGCUGAGAUCUCCGAAACUCAAUUUGUGGAAAACUUGGGAAACUCAUUCAAAAAGGACAAAAAAGCUUUCUUGGCAACCAUGACCGCUUGCUUCAACAUGAUCUUCGACGUCAUUGACACAAACAAAGACAGGUCUAUCGAUUUGAAUGAAUUCAUCUAUGCUUUCGCUGCAUUCGGUCACGAAAAUGAGUCCGUAGUCAGGACAGCUUUCGCCUUGCUCAAGCCAGACGAUAAUAAUACCGUACCACUUCGUACCGUUGUCGACGCCUGGAUCUCCUUCGUCACAUGCGAGGAUGCUAGUAAAACCGACGUUAUCAAGAGUGCUUUUGAAAGUUAACUUAUGUGACAAUUAAUUGAUUUUAAAAACACAUGAAAAAACCCAAAUUGUAAAAAAGACAAAAUCUGUUUACCUCUGUGCAAGGUCCCUGUUCGAGUUCGUGAGGGCUACUAAGUCCGGAAAACUUGUUUGGGAGGAUAUCGUCUGUCCUACAGCGGUUUUUUCACUGUAGGGACUUCCGGUCUGGAUAGGGUCACUUCCGAUUCCGUCAGUUUAAACCAAGGAGCGCUCCUACAUUACAACAAGAGGAUGAGGUGUUAGUCGACUAAAAGGGUUCGCCAUACCAACCUGGCAACUCCAGAGUUCCAUGGUACAAUACACAUCAGGGAGAUUUUUUAUUAUACACAAAGCGCGCUUUUGUAUUAUAGGUGUUGCCAUUUAAUAUUGUUGGACAAGUUCAUUCAAAGAUAAUUUUGUUUUAUAGAUAUAUUGAGAUAUAUUUAUUUUACGUCAGGCAAUCGACUCAUGUUACUUAAUUUAUCUCCGUCUCAUUCCCACAAACGCUUGAUCCAUAUGUUGGUCCAAUAAAUGUUACUACCUAAAA